AUGGAGGUUGCGGCAGGUGCGAUGAGUCCCCUCCUCCGCAAGCUCGGCGACCUGCUCGUCGACGAGUACAACCUAGAAAACAGAGUGAAGAAAGGAAUCCAGUCACUGGAGACAGAGCUGUCAUUUAUGCACUCCGCACUCCACAAGGUGGGCGAGAUGCCAUCUCACGAGCUCGACCCACAGGUCUGCAUCUGGGCAGACAAGGUGAGGGAGCUGUCCUAUGAAAUCGAAGACGCUGUCGAUGCUUUCAUGGUGCGCGUGGAGGAGGAGGGCUGUCACCAUGCUGGCCCAAUCAACACCAAGAAGAGAGUUAAGGAGUUCCUUAAACGAGCCACCAAAUUGUUCCGCAAGGGAAAGGGUCUGCAUCAGAUCUCCAGUGCCAUCGAGGAAGCUCAAGAUCUUGCUAAACAGUUGGCCGAGCUACGUCAAAGGUAUGGGCUUGAAAUGCAGGGCACGAAGGCUGGUUCUACUAUUGACCCUCGUCUGACAGCUAUGUACAAAGAUGUGACAGAGCUUGUUGGUAUUGCCAACCCUUGUGACAAGAUGAUCACGAUGCUGAAGAUAGAGGGCGAUGAGGGUUCGAAGAAAGGAUUGAAGGUAGUCUCGGUCGUUGGAUUUGGCAGGUUGGUUAAGACAACUCUUGCCAAAGCAGUGUAUGAUAGGAUUAAAGCACGAUUUCUAUGUGCAGCUUUUGUUUCUGUGUCCCGGAAUCCUGAUGUGAGUAGAGUUUUCAAGGAUAUGCUCUAUGAGCUCGACAAGGUCCAGUUUGGGCACAUUCAUAAUGCAAGCAUGCAUGAAAAGCAGCUUAUUGACAAACUACGAGAAUUCCUUGAGAACAAAAGCUAUCUCAUCGUGAUAGAUGACAUAUGGGAUGACAAAGCCUGGAAAUUUAUCAAGUGUGCUUUUUCUGAGAACAAUCACUGUUGUCGACUAAUCACAACAACCCGUAUAGCCAGUGUUGUGGAAGCAUGCUGCUCUUCAACUCAUGAUAUAAUUUAUAGAAUGGAUCCUCUUAAUGAUGAGGACUCCAGAAGGCUCUUUCAUAAACGGAUAUUUUCUCAUGGAAAAGUGUGCCCUAAUGAAUUGGCUCAAAUAUCUAUAGACAUCUUGAAGAAAUGUGGCGGGGUACCACUGGCCAUCAUUACUAUAGCAAGUCUUUUGGUUGUUAAUCAACGGAUAAAAUCAAUUGAUCAAUGGUAUGCGUUGCUUAAAUUGAUCGGUCGGGGACUUGAAGGAGAUGCUUGUGUGGAGGACAUGCAAAGGAUAUUGUCAUUCAGCUAUUACGAUCUACCUUCUCAUUUGAAGACUUGUUUAUUAUAUUUAAGUGUAUUCCCGGAAGAUUACGUGGUCGCGCGAGAUCGGUUAAUAUGGAGAUGGAUUGCCGAAGGUUUUGUCCAAGGUGGAAAACAAGAAACUAGUUUGUAUGAUCUCGGGGAGAGUUAUUUCAAUGAACUUAUAAAUAGAGGCCUGAUCCAGCCUGUAGACAUUGAUAUUGAUGGAAGGGCGAAAGCUUGUCAUGUUCAUGAUAUGGUGCUCGAUCUCAUUUGUUCACUCUCAAUAAAAGACAACUUUCUUACCAUAUUGGAUGGUAUUAAGCGGAACAAGCCUAAUUCACAAAGCAAGAUUCGCAGGCUAUCUAUUCAAAAUACCAUGGUAGAACCCACCACCGUUCAGCUUGAUACUAGGACCAUGCCACAAGUGCGAUCUGUUACUCUCUUUCCUUCUGCUAUUGAUCAGAUGCCGUCUCUUUCAUGCUUCCAAGUUCUUCAUGUAUUGGAUUUGGAAUACUGCGAUCUCAGAGAGAUUGGCCAUAAGAUUAACAUGAGGUGUGUCGUGAAUUUAUUACACCUAAGGUAUCUAGGGCUAAGAAGUACAUAUGUUAGUGAGCUUCCGAAGGAAAUUGGAAAGCUACAGUUUCUGCAAACAUUGGACUUAGUAGAAACUGGUCUAAAAGAGUUGGUGCCAAGUAUUGUUCAGCUACAACAUCUGAUGUGCAUACACUUUGAUAAGUAUACAAAACUACCACUUGGAAUGGGGAACCUGACAUCCCUAGAAGAGCUGAGUGAACUCCAUGUGGACCGUUAUUCCUCGGGCAUUGUGGAAGAGCUUAGUCAUCUCAUUGAGCUGAGGGUGCUCCGAAUUAAUUUUGAAGAAUCUGAUGAGAGCCAGGAUAAAGAUUUUGUAGAGGCCCUAGGCAAUCUGCGCAAAUUGCAAAGUCUAGAUAUUGAUGGUAAUGAUGGAUGUGUGGAUCUCCUACGGGAAGGCUGGGUGCCCCCUCAACAAUUACGUAGACUGGCGGUGUUGAAUGGAAAGGACAACAGGUUCUUGACACUGCCAGCGUGGAUUAAGCCUUCAUCACUGCCACUCCUCUCAUACCUGAAGUUCGGGCCAAGGAUGUUCAGAUCAUGGGGAUGCUGCCAUGUCUUCGUUAUCUCAUGCUCGGGGCGUGGCGCCGGAUAG